UCAAGUAAAGGGGAACUGAAAGUAACGUUUUACUGACUUAUAAAACACACUUUAGCCUCAGAAAAUGUUGCUUGUAGGUCUAGACUAGGGAAGCUAAUCUGCCAUUAUGUAUUUUAGAAAGACAAGGGUAGGAAAAUUACUUGGAAGUCACCACGCAAACAACGUUUGCCUGAUCAUCACAAGACGACGUAGCAUGUGAUAUUGAUAAAGUUAGCUGGCUUGCUGCUUGGCCGGCCAAGGAACUCGUACGCGAAGGCGGUGAAAGCGGAACUCGACGAAAGUAGAGUAGCUUGCUAUCUGCUAACAAGUACGGUAUCCAUCGCCGACGGAAAAAAAUAAUUUACAGAAACGUUCAACGUAAACAAAUUGCCGGUGUCAUUCGUCGGUCUUCAUCGAGGUGCAGCUGCGGAAAUGGUUCACGUUUACAACUGCCACCCGUUCGCGUCUCAGCAAAUAGUGCCAACUGAACAGGAACCGGGGCUUGUUUGUUGUGGAGGUGAUGCCCUUUUCGUGGUGUCUGCUGGAGGAUGCAAGAUCGAGGCUUAUCAAAUGCAAGAAGAGGGCUGCACGCUCAUCUGCCGAUUUGCAACUAUGGGCACUGUUCAGAGCAUAUUGCAUAGUCAGAUAGGGGACUAUCUCGUUACAAUCGAGGAGAAGAAUGGAGCCACGGACCUUCGCGCCUAUACGAACUGGCGCUACCAGGCGGUGGAGAAGACCCGGGUCGGCGUCCGUCUGCUGGGUCACUUUUUGCGUGGUUCGUCUUUCCGCGGUGCGCCGAAGGAACAGAUGGAAAUAAUCGAGAUCCCGCUGGUGGAGCCGCCGCUGUGCGUAGCGUGUUGCGCGGUGACGGGGGACCUGCUCGUGGGCUGCGCCAGGAGCCUGGUGAUCUUCAGCCUGAGGAGGCAAGCACUGAGCGAGCGGCUCUCCGUGCUGGACUUUGAGCGCUUCCUCAUCCUGCACGUGCCCGGAUGGACGCCCACGCAGGUUGCCCUCUGUGCGGGGUUUGUGGCCCUGCAGAUGGAGCUGGAAGUGUUGGUGGUCAAGCUCCAGCGCUUUCAGAGUCGCAGCGAGGACAGCGAACCCCACGCUCUGGUGCCGGAGGAAAUGAUCGCUGGAAAGGACGAUGUCGACGAAACAGAUUCCAGGAGGAAUGGAUCUGAAGUCCACCGCGAACCGGAGGACUUUAUCAUGUUCCAGAGGAACCAGGAGCUGCUGGGGGAGCAGGCGAAAGAAUGCGGGGUUCCCGUCUCUCUGGAGUGGACUGGCAUGGAGAACGAGGCUCGGGGCAGCCGUGGAGUGACCUACGUCUUGCACAGGCGGUUUGCCCCAGAUUUCUUCCAGGGAUGCAGCGUGGAGGAGACAUGCCUACACUCACUGCAGCUCCGCCCUCUGUUCACUGUGUCCAGUAGCCAGGAGGGUGCCGUCGAGGCCAAGGAGCCAACGUGCGUCUUCUGUUUCUUCUCGCUACCCAACACCGGGUACAUGUACAGUCUCAGGAACACUGUGGAGCUCAUCUCUACCUACCAGUACCCAGAGAAGGCCCAGCAGGCCGUUCUCAGUGACCAGUUUCUGCACGUCAUCACCAGGAGCGCGCUCCAGUGUUUCUCGGCGCGGUGCAGUGCGGUGGCAGCCAGGGUGAAGGACCCCUACAUCGACACCACCAUUAAGGCUUGCCCCCUCUUCACAAUGGCAGUCUGUGCUUUGAGAAUACAGCUGUUUAUCGGCCUGAAGUCGCUGUGCCACGACAGGAACCGCAUUGUGCUUCUGACCGCCGCUGACGUGGGCGCCAGGGCUGCCACUCCCAGGGCGAGGACAGGCGAAUCAAAAGAUCACAAUGCCCUUACUGGGAUUUUCCUAGCGGUAGGUAUAGAUCCUUCAACUUCUCCUGCACUGGAGAGCUUCCUGUCCAGAUCGUUCUUGUCGAGGAAGUCCUCCCUCCCCAGGGUGAAGGAGUCCAGCGAGGGGGGUCACGGAUGGAACCUGUACGUGGUGAACACCGUCUCUACCCUGCAGCUCUACAACGAGAUGGUGGAGUACAGUCAGAAGUACGAGUCGACUAAUCCCCUCUCGCACAGCUGCGUGCACCUGCUGAGCGAAGCUCACCUCCUCCUGCGGGCGGCGCUGUUGGACCCCCGCGUCACCGACCCCGCCGAGAGGGAGGAGCUACAGAGGGCUUUCCAGGAGAGCUGUGCCCAGCUGGGAGACUGCUACAGCAGGUUUGAUAAGCGGGAGAGCCACUUGGCCCUCCCGUACUACAAGAUGUCAGGUCUGCCGGUGACGGAGAUUGUCCAGAGGAACAGGCCUUUCCCCGGGAACUCGGCUGCAUAUGGAAAGGGCUUCCUGUUCUAUCUGAAGCACUCGCUCUAUGAUGAAACCAUGGAGGAGCUGGACCAAGAGACGGCCGACGCGGUGCUGGACAUUUUCGCCGAGGCGGAGCCGGGGCAGCUGCCCCACGUGGUCUGCAGCCCGUUCAUGUGCCACGCCCGCCCCCCCCUCGCGCUGGCGCACCUGCAGCGCCUGGAAGCCGCGGGCGCCCCCUCCGUGGUCCUCACCCUCGCCAUGGCAACCCUGGCCCUGCGGUUGGGGGACGCUCCUCUCUACCGCCAGCAGAUGGGCCGGCACGCGGAGAUGCUGCAGGUGUACGGCUUCAUCGAGGAGCCCAAGCUGCUGCUACAGGGCCGGGGGAAGGGCGUGGUCCCCAGCGCGUUGGCCCGUCACCUGCGGGACACGCAGGAGGGGCUGCUGGUCGCCGGCGUGGUGGCGCUGCACGAAAACAGCAAGGUUCGGCUGGAAGAGGCUGACCUCUUCUUCCAGGAGCUGUGCCGGGAUGGGGCUGAAACACAGGGGGGGCCGCAGCUGCUGGUUGAUUUCUGGGAGGCCCUCCUGGUGGCAUCCUCUCAGGACGCGGUCAUCCAGGAGCUCCUGUUCCGCCUGACCUCGGUCUACAUCGACCGCGUCGCCCGGACCGACCAGGAGGGGAUCAAACCCCUGAAGACCGCAGACGACCUGAUCAACUCUUGCUGUCACUAUGGGACUCUGUUUCCCUGGGUGAGCGUGCUCACACCUACACAGCUCGGCAUCACCCCCGGCAACCUCAGCGUCACCCCUAGCAACCAGGAGGACCUGGAGAAGUUGCAGUCCCUGCUCUGCGGCCCGUCUCUGGACGUGUCCUCGGUGGUCCCGCUCCUGGAGCAGCUGUCGGACGGGGACCCGGCGGGCCUUAUUGUGCAGGUCCUGUGUGCCGCCAGGCUGGGACAGCACGAGCACGCCAUUGACCGCCUGCUGCACCACUGCCCCCAGGCCCUGAUCCCCUACGCCAAUCACGAGCUGCAGCAGGAGCGCACGGCUCUUUGGUGGCAGAAGGUUUUUCCUGAGCUCUGCAAAAGGGCCAGGUCCACUGACAGCGAAAACUCCAUCGUGCUAUCUGCUCUGAAAGAAACCUUGUUGGUGGUCGCCGCGGAGCUGAACCCGCUGGAGUUCCUGGAGCUGUUGCCGGACGACGGGACGGCGGAGUUCUUCCUGCCGCACCUGCUGGAGUGUUGCCAGAGGAACCUGACGGCGUGAGCAGGUGGAAAAGCCGGAAAGCCGCUUUUCGUUAGCAACACUUCGCGAAGCUCGCCGUAGAAAUAACCAGAAACGCAUAUACUGUAGGGAGAACACUAAGCAGUCCUCAAGUCAGGUAGCCUUGAGUUGAUGUGAAACUCUUUAUACCUUUCAAUUAACAUCUUCCUCUAAGGGUCGAGCGUCCUGUUGUGGCCUACUGUAACGUUAGUCAGAUACUGAAGGCUUUCGUCAGCUAAUAAAUAUGUGUAUAUACUGUAGCACUCCUGGCAAACAACUGGAUACUGUAGGUGAGUACAGCACCCAUAUUUAUAAUAUGAGCCUGAUUAGUACUGUACAUGCAAAACAUAGAGCAUAGAUAGGAACCGGGAGGGGCCAGACGGUGACGCCUCUGCGGUUCGUGUUGAGGGUGAGAGAGCUCGGUGAUUUAACAGCCGAAGAACACGUAUUCCUUCAAUGUUCUUUGCGACCAUGUUUCAUUGUGUGGCAGUUCGUGAAACGAUGGUCGUUUUGGUCCAGAAAAAGUUCGGGAAUUUAUUUAUUUAAAUUUACAUAUUUCAUGACAUACUUUCCAAUCUGCUUUUCACAUGCUUUCAUUAGCUUUCGUUUCAAAAAUACCAUCGGGGAAGUUAUAUUUUUCAUUAGAAAGUCUGGCCAAUCAGUAGAACUAAUUACCCGGGAGGAAAGAAAACCAGGGCUGGAUUUGGAUUUGAGGGCCAGAGUUGAUGAUCCCUGAUCCCUGAUCCCUCUAAGGUGCUUCGUGAAUAUCAGCCUGUCAUAUCAAAUUGUAUUGUUUCUCUGUGACAACAUAAGUAUUGCUUUAUGAUUGGAAUUGAAUGUUAAAAAAUAGGUUUACCAAAGAUCAAAGACAAUCUGCUAAUGUGUUUCUGUCAUGUCCUACACUCGAAUGGGAACAGUCUGACAAUCUGUAUGUAAUAUUGGAGCAGGGAUUUGUGCAUUGCAAUGUUGAAAUUGCUGUGCAACAGUGAGGCUAAACUUUAUAUAUGCACAAACACACAUACACAUGAACAUACAUACACACACAACCUUAUACUCUGGAUUGAUUUUUUUGGAUUGAAGUUCUAUUUAUUUAAAUUUUCUCUGUACAUGCCUUGCUUAUGUUUGACUUUUUUGGCAUUUCUAGUGAUGACUACUAUUCAAAAUCCCAUUAUCAAUAAAAUAGCUGUGAUGGUCUUCAUUUAAA